AUAGGUAUUCAAGCGCCCUCUUCAGUGGUGUGUGGAAGUUAAAUUUUUCAUUUCUUUCAGCAGUUUGUGAGGAGUGUUAUGAUUUAGUGGGUGUAUGUUGUGCUUGUCUUUUGUUUUGGAAAUAUAUGCAAAAUUGAGAACAAAAUGGACAGUAUUCGACGACUUCCAUGACUGCUGCAGUAAUCCACACCGGAAUGACAUGACCUAGGAAACAGAUAUCGGUGGCAUGGGCGUCUCUACCGGGGAUGAAGCGUACAGCAUCCCCUAUCUUGCUCAGCUUCUUCAUUCCCUGCCACAUGUCAAUAUAAGCCUGCACCAUGUAAAUAGCUCAUUCAACCCCUACAACCAAAUAUACUUAGAGAGCCUCGGAAUCCUUGGAUCCAUACCAGCAGCGCUUCUCAUCUUAACACUACUCCUCCUUCUGAUCUACCUACUCACAAGAUGCUGCGACCGCAAGCCAAGGCCCGCCAAGUCCAUAGCCGCCCUGAAGGUCAUCCUGGCCUGCGUAUCGGUCCUCUGCUGCGCAGCAGUAGGUCUAGGUCUGUACGGAAACGACGACCUCCACAACGGCUUCUCCCAGCUUCUGCAGGAGGCCCGCCAGGUGAACAACGUGGCCAGCAAGAUCAGGAACCAAACGGAGCUGAUGGAACGCCAGCUGAGGGUGCAGGCCUCCCAGCAGCUGAUCGCCAUCAACGACAUCUUCGACGAGCCGGUGUCCAACAUGAGCCUCUACAAGGAGGCCAAGGGUUACCUGCAGAGGGCCACUGGCAAUUGUACCUUGGUGGCGGACGCGGCCGUAGAUAUAAGACAUCCUCUGACCCUUGACCUUAGUAGGGAGAUCAGGGCAGGCGAACGUUUCGAGAUGGUCAGGUGGCCGUUCACAAUGGCCAUUUUGAGUGUACUCUUGAUACUGUGUGUGAUUCUGUUAGUGGGUGUUGCGAGACAUAAUAGGUGCGCACUCAUUGCUUUUUCUGUGUGUGGACUGUUGGCCAUUAUAGCGUCUUACGUGAUGGCUAGUGUGUAUAUAGCUUCGGGAGUUGCUCUUGGUGACUUAUGUAUGGCUCCCGAAAAAUUCAUAGAAGAUCAAGGAUCGACCGAAUUGUCCAAAGAAAUACUCAGAUACUACGCCAUCUGUGAAAGAGCCAGAGCCAAUCCGUUUACUCAGCGAUUGCGCGAAGCAAAGACUGCAAUCGAAAACGUGAGAACCAACCUUAAGGAUUUAAAAACACCGGCUACCUAUCUGUUUCCGAAGAAGGGACUGGACACCAAAUUCAGUUCUCUUAAAAACGAACUGAAUUCGGCCUAUGGCCUAGUUACCACUAUUACGGCAUUGGUGGAUUGUCCAACAUUCCACACACAUUUUCUGAGAGGAGCAAAGGCUCUUUGUAACGUGGGAUUGACGGGUCUCAGUAUGAUGUUGAUAUCGGCUCUGAUAGCAGGAUUUCUCUUAACCGUGCUUGUAUGGGUUGAUUCGCACACUUGGAUCUACAUAAGGAAGAAGAAAGACUACCAAGAUCAGAACGAGACCGACCCAUUCCUUCCUGCCACGCAGGCCAAUCAGGUGGUGGCAGCCCGCACUCUGCAACGGAGCCAAGGGUCGUCUUAUCCCCCAGACACUCCUCCCCCAAGCUACUCAUCCGCCUUGAUGUAUAACAGGGUGCAUGCGUCUGCCCCUCCCCUGCAUGAUGCUCAAAAUCCACUAGAUGGAUGUGACAUGCGACCCAGCGAGCAGCAUCACAGAGGAGCCCACCUAUCACAUCUCCGCGGCCACACCCUUGGCAGAUUACCAUCCCACCACCACGACCCCAUCUUGGCAGGACCCAAUAAUGGAAAGCCUGCCUGCAAGGACUUCCCAAACUUUAAAGGUUUUAAGUUCGAUCAGCAGCAUCAGCACAAGCGUUCAAUUCCUCGAAGUGCCUCCCAACAGGAUGGCCAACAGAGGACUGCGAAUAUCCAGAAGUUUAGUACUCUUGGUCGACGUCCCCUUCCACAGACUCCUGAUGAGAAGGCGCGCAAACAACCAUCCAUGCCCAAAGUACCGAACACCAGCAUCGAAACACCCUUGAACCCUGCCAAUUUCCGAUCCCUCCAAAGGGGCGCUUGGCAGGACGGAACCAGCUCGUUCCAACCUAACGCGCAGUUCCGAUCUCUUCAAAGAGGCAUGGGUGUCCAACAGCAAUCUUUGCAUUCGCAGUUCAGAUCAGCCAAAAUUCAAGAUCAAGCACACGAGGGCCCGGUCUACGCCAACAAUGAGAAUGAACGCCAGCUGUACGCUGUUACAGAAUUAUAAAUUUGUUUCGUCUGUUUGGGAAAAUGCAGGCAGAGAAAAAAUAAGAAGUAAGCAAUAGACCAACAUAUUCGUUUUAUGUUAUCGAGGCUUUUACAGAGGAAUUUUCAAAGGUACGAGUGUACCUUAUCGGUUUUUCUUCUGAAAUGAAAAUUAUUUAUAUUUAUGACUUUUGGAUCACUAGUUGUAGGAGAAGACCAUUGAGUUGUGCAAACUAUAAGAGACAAAUCAAAUCAUAAACUCGAUUACAAAAUAUGAAAAUUUAUCCGUUAUCUUUUCAACGUCGAGAGUGUCUUGAAAACCGAAUUUAUUAAGAAUAAAAUUUCUCUGUAGAAGAAAUUUUCGCACUAGUGAUUCUCUAACACUAUCAAGCUAAAAAUGCACAUUUUUUGGAAAAGACAGGAGUAGUUUGUAGAUAGGGAAUUUUUAGCAUAAAUAAUGUUCGAGCUGUUUUAUAAUAGCGAAUAAUGUUUGACGAGAUGUUUUAAUUUACAUAAAAGUUAGAAAUUUGGGUGUAGCUAAGAACACCCGUGCCAAAGCAGUACGAAAAACAUGUAGUUAGUCAUCUGUUGUGAUAUAGAAGUGGCACCAUCUUCAUCAAAAUAUCAUCUAAUUCUACAAUUUUCUUAUGAAAUCACUAGUAUUAAUUUCAAUCAAAAGUCAUCAGGAUAAAUUUUCAUGAAUCAAAACUAUCGCUCCCAUGUUUACUAGGAGCAUACAUUAGUCCCAUUUCUACCUUAAAAUAUAAAAUUAACGUAAGACCUAAAUUUGCCAUAAAAAUGGGAUCAAAAACUCUCAAAGUAGAUAGGCAUACAGUCAAUUGAUGAAUGGUCAAGUAAUGCAAUAACCUAUUUGUUUUAGAUAGGAAAAAUCUCAAAACUUACCUUCAUUCAAAAGCAUUGAUCGUUUUGUAUAUAUCUCCUAUGUGAGAUUAGUGUAUAAAAUUUUCUUCAUCUUAUUCGUAAUUAAGUUAUAAAAUUUUAUUUCAUUCGUAACCACAUAAAAGGAUCUGAAUUCAUUAGUGAAGUUGACUGAAUUUUUAUAUUUUUAUUGUAUUUUUUGGAUAUAUUUGAUGAACAUUUAUGCAUAUAUUGCAUUGUUUGAUUUGUGAUAAUUUUUAUUGGGUUUAAAUGUUCUGUUGUAUCAAACAUUUUUAACUCAUGUAACUUUCCUACAAAUAUACAUAAGGAACAUAAAUGUAAAUGCAAUAGCAUUUAUUUCUAUUUAGGAUAAGGUUAAGCAUUUGCGUAUGAAUACAUGUAAAAUAUUUUGUAGUGAAUUGAUGUUGAAUUUGUAAAAUAUUGCCAAAAAUCUAGAAAGAACUUCAGUUUAUUCACAGACUAAAGAAAUUUCAUUGAGGGCAAUGUUAUCAUAAGUAAUCAAUUCAGCAAUGUUUUUGAAAAAGACUAAAACCAUCUGCAUCUAAAGAUAACACCAUCUACUCUUAUAUUCCUUAUCAAUAAAUUUUUAUGGAUUCAAAAAAUAACUGCCAAAGAUACGAGAUUUUGCUUGUAUGUUAUCUGUGAGUGAAAAGAAAGUGUGUUUUAUAAACGUAAUGUAACUUUAUUAUCAAUGUCACCACCUUAAAAUUUUGUUUUCUCUCAAUACUAUUUAUUUUAUGUUGGUAUUAUUGUACAUCGAUUUAUUGGCCUGCAAGAUAAUUUUUCAUAUUUCUAUUGAAUUCAAUUAUAUUGACAAUGUGAAUGCCAUAUUUUGUAAAGUUAGUAUAAAAGUACUUUGGAUAAUUUCUUGAGUAUUGUAAAAUUUAUGUAUUUAAUAAAAAAUUAAAAUGAG